UUCACAGCCACAGCCUGAGUAGUGGCGUGAGGUCAACCAUCAAUUUGGUGUUGAAGCAAAAUAUAAAAAAAAUCCCGUACGAUCGCGCCGUAAUGUCUUUUUGUAAGUUUUACAGUUAUUCUUCAAGCCCAUAAGAAUAGAUGCUCAUUUUUGAACUGAAGACGCACAAUCGUUCGUGAAUUGCUUUCUGAUUCUAUGGCGACAGCAAUUCCGGGCGAAGCAUUUAACACGAUCGCGUACUAAGCAAUACCACGUUCACAAUACUACCAAUACUGGUUAUCCACCACAGCGUCCAACGUUCGUCCAACGAAAAACUUCGUAGUUUUUCAUAUGAAAGUGAAUCUGGCAGAUUGAGUGUAACAGCACAACGAUCUUAAAAGGAUCGACUCGGCUAUUUCAAACUAACUAUUUAAAAGUUUAAAUAGUGAUUUGUGAAUUAGUGCGUAGAACUGCCUCGGACGUGAUCAUGAUUAGCGAGGGUAGUUUCAUUGUUAGUGAGUAAAACUGAUUUUCAAUUUAUGCGUCGAUACGUGAUGCGAAUAGCUGUGGAAAAUCGUGCAUGCUGAGUACCGCAAACUUUAGCCUCCAUUUUUUCCAACGAUUUUUCAGUGAAAUGGUGAUGAAAAGGCGAUGAGAGUGUUUAGAAAUUGUGCUUUUCUUAGAUCCUUUGAAACGACCCGGACACAUGCUAGGGUAAUCUGGUGAAAAACGAUUCUACCAUAUUUUUGGUCAUCAUCCUCCAACCGUUACAAAAGGUAGUUUAUGUGUAUCAUAAAAUGAACGGUGUGACCAUGAUGGACGAAAACGACGGAAACAUCAAAAGUCCAAUGCGGCGUCUUGGUUCGACGAGGAAGCUGAAUCUUUUCAACAAUAUUCGACAACAGCUAAAUGAACAGCUUAAGUUUCUCGAUGUACGCAUGGAAGCACAAAUUACACUGGUUCAGGAGUUGCAGGAUUUUUUCCGCAGGCGUGGCGAAGUUGAGCUUGAUUACAGCAAAAAUUUGGACAAACUAGCCAAAGGCUUACAACUGCGACACAAGGAACAAAGACAAAAACGUGAGCAAUGGCCUAUGUUUUCGUCGUAUUCCUGUUGGCAACAGCUUAUCAAUCAGACCAAAGCCCUUUCUCGGGAUCACGCGGCAAUGUCGGAGAUCUAUUCUACUCAUCUUGUGGCACGUCUGCAAACAGUUUGGGACGAUGUUCAGCGUAUUUACAGAAAGUGUCGUGAGAUUGGGUUUGAAACGCACGUGGAGAUACUAAGAAUUUUGCAAGAGUUGCACACGAAUAUGAAGACAUACCACACUCUGCAGACGGACGCAAAAGAAGCCGAAAAAAAAUUACGCACGGCGGAAACUCAACGCAUGAAGCUACAACAGACCGUCCCAAAAGAAAAGUUGGAGCGUAGUAAAAAGUAUCGACUGAUCGAGAAAGAGGUGUUAAAAAGAAAGAAUAAAUACACUGACGCAAGAUUGAAGGCACUGAAGGCAAAAAAUGAGUAUCAGUUGUGUCUUGAAGCAUCAAACACAACCAUUCACAAGUAUUUUGUGGAAGAUUUGAGCGAUCUGAUAGAUUGCAUGGAUUUGGGUUUUCACUCAGUGGUGUCUCGAGCACUGCUUAUGCAUGUUUCAGCCGAUCAGGGCCGUUGUCGAGCAGUGCUACACAAUGCCGAGACGUUGUCUUAUAUUGUCAAUUCCAUGGAUAGUCGGGCUGACAAACAGAAAUUCCUCGAACAGCAUAGUGCGGCCUUUAUGAUUCCCAAGCGGCUCGAGUUUCAAGGACAAGAGGAAGAACUUGAACCAGAAUUGCAGAAAGCGCUUCACCAGGAGAUGGAGUCUCGUCUCUUGCAACUCGAACAACGGGUCAAUAACUUACGCAUGGAGUCGGAAGAAAUCUGGAAAACUUUGGAAACCGCCGAAAUCAAUCUGCUUGACAUUCUCAACACUAAGGACUACGAUUGCACAGCAGCCUUCGGUGAAGGUGCUGUCUCAUUCCCGAAACCUGAAAAUGGAUCUGUAAAGCUGAGAUCUGAUAAGAAUGAGAUAGAAGAGUUUUACAUUACGAAAAUACGUGAAUAUAUUCUUGCUACAUCGCGUAUAGCCAGACUGGAUUCAAAGGCAGAAUACCUUCGCAAUGUUUUGGCGAAAGAUUCUGCAAUCAAAACGGACACACUGAUAAAAUCGAAUGUUCCAAAACGAAAACGUAUAGGACGGAUGAAUAAAUCCGGACGUCCGAAGCUAUUCGGUGGAUCGCUCGAAGAGUAUCUCGAAGUUUCCGGAGAAGAAAUACCGCUCAUUCUUCGAAGCUGCAUAAGAGUUAUUAAUCUUUACGGGCUACACCACCAAGGCAUAUUUAGAGUGUCAGGAUCUCAAGUAGAAAUAAGCAAUUUUAAAGAAGCAUUUGAGCGUGGAGAUGAUCCUCUAGCUGAUAUGACCGAUGCUUCCGAUAUCAACUCCGUAGCUGGCGUGCUAAAAUUGUACUUGCGCGAACUUCGAGAACCGUUAUUUCCUUUGAUAUAUUUUGACCAUUUCGUCCAAUUAGCACAACUGGAAUCAAAGCACGAUAUUGUAUCGGGCAUUCGAAAGUUUUUUCAAAGCCUUCCCAAGGCUGUGGUAGUGGUUAUUCGGUAUCUUUUUGCAUUUUUGAACCAUCUUUCUGAAUAUUCCGACGAGAACAUGAUGGACGCAUACAACUUGGCUAUUUGCUUUGGUCCAACGUUAAUGCCUGCGCCCGAGGAUAAAGAUCAGGUGCAAUUCCAGAAUCAGGUGAACGAACUGAUAAAGAACAUUAUUGUGCACCAUGCAGAGCUCUUUCCGAAGGACCUUGGCGGCAUGCAGUACGAAAAAUUCAUAACAUCAGAAACCUUCGAAGAUAUCGACGUUGGGGACUCUCCUACCGAGCAAGUUUCUGAGGAUCCCGACUCCGAAGUAUAUCCAUCUGAGGAUGAAUCAGAUAUGUUUGAAGCAAUUGUUCAGUUCGAUUUUAAUGCAAGAUCUGACCGGGAGUUAUCUUUACGCAAAGGCGAUACUGUGAUACUUUACAAUCAGGUGUCCAAUGAUUGGUGGCGUGGAGCAGUGAAAGGAAAAACCGGACUUAUUCCCGAUAAGUACAUAUCGCUCAAAAUCAAAGAUGAAGAACGCGACAAAAGUGAACAUUUAAAAUCGUCCAGCAGCUCUGAAGAAUCUGUUCGAAAGCGACGUCCCAGUGCCAAUACUUCUCUAAACAGUCAACUUUCGAUUUGCACUCAAAACUCUAAUACAUUAUCCAAUAUCACAUGCGGAAGUGACUAUACCGCGUCGACCAUGAGCGCUUCCGCGAUUACGGGAGAUCGAGCAGAGAGUGCAUCGAACAGCGGUACUACAGCAGGAACUUCUGGCGUUGGACCGCCGGGAACGAGUGGAUCAGUUGGAACACAGCUUUCGACCUUAUCGUCCCCGGGACAUUCACAAUAUCAACUUCUUCAACAUAUUUCUGUACCUGCCUCCGGGCAACAUGCAACACAGAGUACGACGAUGAAUGUAACGCAUCAGCCACCGCUUCCCAGUGCAAACAAUAGUCAAUCCUUGAUUGGCGAAAAAUCAACCAGCAGUCAGAAAGACGCCGAUUACAUUAACUACGAUACCGUCGACCAAAUUAAAUCAUCUGCAUAUAGCUACCACGAUGAACCACAUUCGUUUGAAAACUCGUUCGAGUUCGUCGAGGAUAUAAACCAUUUCACAUACGAGGUACAAAAACCAACCGAGCCAAUAUAUGCAGAGCCAACGAAAACUACGAUGCAUCGCGAAAAGUCACCGGCCAUAGACAGUGGUACGAGUAGCAACAGUAUCGAGGAACAAAUGGAAAGUGUCGAGCUUCGUCCCCGCUUAGGUGGCAUGGGUGAGCCUUCGGAACAUAGCAAAUCAAUGCUUGGAUUAAACCGGCGCAGUGAAACAAUGAGUUUACCCGCAAGGGCGGCUGCCAUAGAUACAACAUCCACUAAGUCAGCUGCAUCUGACGACCAAUCGGAUCCAUCGAAGCCGAUGCGAAAGUUUCAUUCAAAAAGUUUCAGCUUGUCAGAGAACAAAUUAUCACUGUUGGUCAGUAGUGGCGGAGAUGCUGGUAGUAGUGGUGGUACAUUGAAUGUAUUCCAGCACAAUCGAGACCUUUGGCAGAAGCGGGCGGCUCAAAGCUCUUACCAAAAUCUCACUACGUCGCGCAUACUUACACGAAACCGUAUUGCGCCUGAUCUUGUGAUGGAUCUACCGCCAACGGCGAUUGGAAAGCAAGAAGACAUAACACGCACCUCGCGCGAAUCUAUCGAUAGUGAACUAGAAGACAUGACAUCGGCGGAACGUUUCGCGGCGCAAAACCAGUGCACAUUGAAGAAGAAUGAACGAUUUACCAAUGAAUCUCCCGUAUACGAAAAUAACGCCGUAAAGAAGGAGGUGAAGCUUGAUCUGCAAGGUAACUCUACGUCUACCGAUAAGCCUAAAGCGGAAGUAAAGCCGCAGGAAAUCAGUAUUAAAAGUACCCCAACUGUACCCGUUAUCAUCAAUGAGUCUGAAAUUUUUGAAGAGUGUUCGGGUGUGGCAACCGCCAACCCUUCGAUCACAGAGUCUACCGCGAGAAGUUUGGUAACCGAAGAAUCAGAGACGAUGGAAAGUAUUUCGCCCGGUACAACCUGCUUGAAUACCGAACAAGAUGCAAUUCCAGCAUUUUUGUUAGCAUCGGGGAAAGAAGUGUGCAAAAGUCCCAUUCCGGCGCGAAACACGCAAAAGUUUAUUUCGCAAUUCGCCGAUCUGCACCUUACUGGAGGAUGUUUAGCGAAAUCUGGCGAGGGCUCAUCAGCUGCUUGCGUUGCCUUGCUCUCGCAAGAGCAACAGGCCAAAAAUCUGAGCUCGUUCAAGCCCCAGGUCAAAGUUAAACCACAGAUACUGAAGAAACCACAAGUUUUGCCACCGCAAACACCGGAAAUGCAGCGGCGAAAUGCAAACUAAUUCUGAAAGCUGUUCUCUUGCUCCUACUCGCAUGACAUGUAAAAUUGCGAGGAGAAUGUAUUGCACUUGCGGCAAAUAUUAAGAACUGCUGCUGAUGAACAAAACAGCCAAACACGCCAAAUGCGACAAAACAGGGAAAUGUGUCAACCAAUUCAGUAACCAAAUGAAAAUAACAUGCAAGCGAUGGGCACACAUGAACGAAACAUAUAUUAUACUAUAUUUUAGGCAAUAAGCCAAACACUUGCAGUUAUACAUCGAUCAAAUCUUGCAAGAUCUGGCGAAUGAGAUGGUUAUUAAUUCUGUUUCACAUAUACAGAUUAAACGAAUACACAACGGACUGUAGUAAGUAUUGAUACUACUGAAAAGCGGCGGUAUGCUAUAAAAAAAAUACAAAAAAACACCAAUAGUCCGAUAUAUACACACAAUACCGGUAUUUGCCGGUGGAAAAUAGCAAAGCUUAAUCAGCAAGACUGGAUCCGAUACAUUAUAAUACAUAAUUAGCCAGCAAAAUAAGCACAAUAAACAGCAGAAUACAUGUCCAAUUUAUCGUCAGUAGCCUGUAGGUACUCGAGGCUAUUGCAAUAAUGACAACCGUGAGCGCCAUAGGGGUUAGUAAGGAGGGAAAAGUGAUCCAGCAAGAAUAGAAGUAUGCCGUUGCUUUCGAAUUGCGAUACUUUGUUCAAUGUAGCAUAUCUGUGCUUAUGGGUUUGUUUUAAGGAAGAACGAAACACCAACACUACAUGGAAUUCUAAACUGAAUGCGUGUCUUUUUUAUUUCAUUACUCUCGGACUGUGUUCUAAUGGUACCGAUACCUUGGCGUCCAGAUGCAUCGAACCCGUCUUCUACGAACGAACUACCUGUUCUGUACGGUGUACUCGCCCAUCACAUUAGUGACAUUAAUUUUGCUGAUAAAUAGGAGAGGCUGUUCGACUGAUGCAGUAAUAAAUGUGGCAGUUAGAUUGGGGAUUGGUUAAA